UCGAGGGGGCGAGCGGCGGAGCGGUGGCGGAGCGGUGGCGGGUGGAUCUGCUCCCUGCUCACGACGGGGCGGAGCGGAGCGGAGCGAGAGCCCAUGGCUGGCGGCGGGGAGCUGGAGCGAUGGCUCAACAAAGCCACUGACCCAAGUGUCCCUGAGGAGAACUGGGAAUGCAUCCAGAGGUUCUGUGACCAGGUGAUCGCCGACACAGAGGGCCCAUCACUUGCACCAAGACUGCUGGCACAUAAAAUACAGUCCCCUCAGGAGGUGGAAGCUCUCCACGCUCUCACAGUGCUAGAGACCUGUGUGAAUAACUGUGGUGAGAGAUUUCACAAUGAAAUAGCAAAAUUCAGGUUUCUGAAUGAGCUGAUUAAAGUGCUUUCCCCAAAGUACUAUGGAACCUGGUCUUCAGAAAAAGUCAAGUCAAGAGUCACAGAAGUAAUAUUCAGUUGGACAGUCUGGUUUCCUCAGGAAGUUAAAAUCCGGGAUGCUUAUCAGAUGCUGAAGAAACAAGGAAUUGUAAAAGAAGACCCCAAACUGCCAGAAGACAAAAUUUUACCUCCCCCUUCUCCAAGACCUCAGAAUUCUAUUUUUGACACAGAUGAAGAGAAAUCCAAGCUCCUGGCAAGGCUUUUAAAGAGCAGCCACUCUGAAGACCUGCAGGCUGCGAACCGUCUGAUCAAGAGCAUGAUUAAAGAGGAACAAGAAAAGUCAGCUAAGGUGUCCAAAAGAGUGAAUACCAUCAGUGAGGUUUCUGAGAAUGUUAAACGAAUGGAUGAAUUACUGGAAAACUACAAGAGACAAGAAUUAUCCAGAUCUGACGAGGAGACCCUACAGACUCUCUUUCAGCGCUGUGAGAAGCUCAGGCCACUGCUCUUCCGCCUUGCCAGUGAGACAACCGAUGAUGAUGAGGCUCUAGCUGAGAUACUGCAGGCCAAUGACAAGCUGAUGCAAGUGCUUGGCCGCCACAAGCAGGUUGUAGCCAGCUAUGAAAAUGGUGGUGGAGGAGGUUCAGCCACUGACUCUGCUGAUGAACGAGCGUGCAGGCCAACCCCGAGGCGCAUGAAGAGCUACACACUGAUUGACUUCUCUGAACUGGAGGUGACGUCCCAGUCUCCUACUGACCAGUUUGCAAACACCACCUCCCGCCACGGGAGCACAACGUCUGCCUGUCUGCUUGAUGAGGAGCUCAAGUCAUUAGGUCUUAGCAACUCUCCUGAUGUACAGAAACCUGCACCUGAUUUUGGAUUAGCAGAGGCUCCUGUACACAAUGGGUAUGGUGAAAUUGUAAGUGCUGUUCCAACACUGGGACUGCAAGACUGCUGGGAAGACAGCUGCUCAGAGGAGAAGGAAUGUCAAGGCCCAUCUGAUCAUCCCUCUCCACCAUCCACAAUGACAUCGUCUUUGGAUUUAUCACCAAUGAAAUUGCCCUUUCCAGAUCUUCCAAAUAACUCAAUGGCAGAUGCCUCAUUCUCCAGCCUAGGCUACGAGCUGAAGCCUGCUGCCUCUUUGCAUCCAGCUUCUCUAGAAAACCUUUUUGUCCCUUUAAUUUCAAUUACACCGAGCAGUAUCUGCCCACUUACCGUAUAUGACAAGAAUGGUUUCAAGGCUAUGCUCCACUUCUCCAGAGACCCGGCCCCUGCCCGACCAGAUGUGCUGGUGAUGGUUCUUUCUAUGCUGAGCACAUCAGCUCAACCAAUUAAGGACAUAGUGUUCCAGGCUGCAGUCCCAAAGACCAUGAAAAUCAAGUUGCAGCCAGCAUCGGGUUCCAAGCUGCCUGCCUUCAACCCACUCCUGCCCACUGCCAUGGUAUCCCAGGUCCUGCUACUCGCCAACCCACACAAGGAUCCCAUCCGCCUGAGGUACAAGCUGGCAUUCACACAAGGCGUGCAGCCCUUCAGUGAGGUGGGAGAGGUUACUGGCUUUCCAGAAGCAGAGCUCUGGAGCAGGAGCUGAAGUUCAGCAGGCCUGGACAUUGCCGUAUUGCCUUAGUGGUGGAUGGGGACAGACUGUGUGCCCAGCCUGCAUUGUCACGAUGCUUUUCCUUGGGAUCUACAGUUUUCUCCUUCCUUUCAGUUUCUCUGCAGGUGUCUGGCAGGAGUGUAGGCUGUGGCAGAAGCAGACAGUUUUUCUCUGUAGCUGACCCUGCUUUACAGGAGACAGAUGGAGAGCCCUGCACCCUGAGAGCCUUAAUGCUUCAUCCAUAUGUCUUUCCUGCUGCUGUAUGGGCUGAUUUCGUCUCUGUUUUUCUGAAUUAAACCUCCCUGAAUCUA